AUGAAACGAAACAGACAUUUUGUUGAGUCUUGUGAUUCUUGUCAGAUUCGAUUUGAAUCAAACGCAAGUUUUGUAAGGCACUGCAAGACACAGGGACAUAGGCACAAGGAGCUUGGAGCGCAAAAUGCAGCUAUGAUGGCGGAUGACGAAAACUGGGAAAAUGACUGCGCCACUAUGCCUGUACGACACAUUCGUCAACCACAUCCAUGGAUGGCACAACCUGCAGUUUUGGAGGACAUUCCACAAGAGCAGCAAGAAAGUGAUAGCGAGAUAUCAGACGACGACGCUAGUGAACAAUUGCCAUCAGAAGAACUAGGGUUUUUCCCAUUUCCUGAUGAGAAAUUUUUCUUGUUAUACUGUUACGCGCAUGGUAUAAUGAGGCCAAAG